CAAUCAACAACUUUGAGAACAACUUUCUUCGUUCAUUUGAAUGCCCUCUCCACUGCGACCCGUGUCAUUGCACUGCUCUCGACGAGCAAUUGGCUUAACACGGAGACUAACUCACCAGAGUGGUUGUAGUAUUCGCAGCAACAGCAGCAGCAUCAGCAGCAACAGCAACAGCGGCCGCCCACCAGUUGUCCGCCCAAUCAGUCGAGCCCCCACCAUCCCCCACCAUUCUUCAUCCUGUUCUUCUUCCUCCUCUUUCUCUUCUCUGACUCCUCCGGCCUUCCCCUCUUCCACUUCUUCUUUCACCCCCUCAUCCUCCUCCAUAUCCCCCUUCUCAGACAGCACAAUGCCUAAGGACAAGGAAUCCAAGGUCUCUUUCAACCUGAAGACCCCCAAGGGUACGAAGGACUGGUCCGGGUCCGACGCCCUCCUCCGCGACCGCAUCUUCUCCACCAUCGCCGACGUCUUCAAGCGCCACGGCGGCACCGCCCUCGACACCCCCGUUUUCGAACUUCGCGAGAUCCUGGCCGGCAAGUAUGGCGAGGACUCGAAGCUCAUUUACGACCUGCAGGACCAGGGUGGGGAGAUCUGCUCGCUCCGCUACGACCUGACCGUGCCCUUCGCCCGCUGGCUGGCCAUGAACCCGGACGUGCGCAGCAUGAAGCGCUACCACAUCGCCAAGGUGUACCGGCGCGACCAGCCCGCCGUCAGCAAGGGCCGCAUGCGCGAGUUCUACCAGUGUGACUUCGACAUCGCCGGCACCUUCGACCCCAUGGUGCCCGACGCGGAGAUCCUGCGCAUCGUCACCGAGGUCUUCGAGGAGCUGGGCUGGAAGGGCCGCUACAACAUCAAGAUCAACCACCGCAAGAUCCUCGACGGCCUCUUUGAGGUCUGCGGCGUCCCCGCCGACAAAAUCCGCCCCAUCUCGAGCGCCGUCGACAAGCUGGACAAGAUGCCGUGGGAGGACGUGCGCAAGGAGAUGGUCGACGAGAAGGGGCUGGACGGCGCCGUCGCCGACCAGAUCUGGUCCUACGCCCAGAAGAAGGGCGGCCGCGAGCUGCUGGACGGCCUCCUCGCGGACGAGACCCUGACGGCCAACGCCAACGCCAAGGCCGGUCUCGACGACAUGGCGCUGCUGAUGGACUACCUCGAGGCCUUUGGCGUGCUGGACCGCAUCUCCUUCGACCUGAGUCUCGCCCGUGGGCUGGACUACUACACCGGCGUGAUCUACGAGGUCGUCACCGAGGGCUCCGCCCCCGCCGUGCAGAAGGGCUCCGCGGAGGCCCAGGCCGUGCAGAAGAAGGCCAAGAAGGACAAGUCCAAGACCCUGGAGGACGACGACCGGUCCAACGACCCGACGCUGGGCGUGGGCAGUGUCGCCGCCGGUGGCCGCUACGACAACCUCGUGGGCAUGUUCCUGCCCAAGGCCCAGAUCCCCUGCGUGGGUGUCUCCUUCGGUGUCGACCGCAUCUUCUCCAUCACCAAGGCGCGCAUCGAGCGUGAGAAGAGCGCCGAGGCCCUCCGCAGCAGCGAAGUCGACGCCUACGUCAUGGCCUUCGGCGGUAAGGGCUUCACCGGCAUGCUAAAGGAGCGCAUGACCGUGUGUCAGUCGCUGUGGAACGCAGGUGUCAAGGCCGAAUUCUCCUACAAGGUCAAGCCCAAGCUCCCCCAACAAUUCAAGGCCGCCGAACAAGUCGGCGUCCCCUUCGCCGUCAUCCUCGGCGAGGACGAGCUCGCCGCCGGCAAGGUCCGCAUCAAGGAGAUGGGCCUCGAGGACGGCCACCCCGAGAAGGAGGGCGUGCUGGUCGACCUGGCCGCCCUGCCGGCCGAGAUCAAGACCCGCGUCGCCAACAAGCGCCGCGGCCAAGACGUGCAGGUAAUCACGGAGCAGUUGGAGGCUACCAAGGUAGAGGCUUGAUUCAUUUCAACAAAACAAAAGUUACACAAAGGAAGCGGGGCAAAAUACAAUGUGUGCAUAUUAGAUACACGCGCCAAAAGAAAAUUUCAAUAAGAGGGGGGAAAUAUUGGAAAGAAUACCCAGUUUUUUUUAGAUUGCAGUCGAAUUGAGAGCGUGGAAGCGUUUCAAAGACUUUGUUUGGAGUUCGGUUUAGAGUGGUGUAAUGCUGUGCUGGGGUGCCAGUGUACCUUGAUUUUCUACUUGCUUUGUGUGAAAGCUUUGUAAGGGGAAGAGUGCAGGACAGCUAC